CCGGGACAACGACAUUUACACACAUAAACGUCCCGUAUUAGAAAUGGCUGUCCGAGUCCUUGUCGGUUGUAAACGCGUCAUAGACUACGCCGUCAAGAUUCGAGUGAAACCGGAUAGGACGGGCGUAGAGACGCAAAAUGUGAAGCACAGUAUGAAUCCGUUUGAUGAGAUUGCAGUGGAAGAGGCUAUUCGAUUGAAGGAGAAGAAAGUGGCUGAGGAAAUAGUAGCAGUUAGUUGUGGGCCUGAGAAAUGUCAGGAAACUUUACGUACAGCACUCGCAAUGGGUGUCGACCGUGCCGUUCAUGUUCAAGUUGAUCAAAAAGAAUACGAAUCACUGCAGCCAUUGGCUGUCGCCAAGUUACUGUGUAAGGUGAUAGAGAAGGAGAAAAUCAAUUUAGUGAUCUUAGGAAAACAAGCAAUCGAUGACGAUGCCAAUCAGACUGGACAAAUGACGGCAGCACUUCUGGGCUGGCCGCAGGCUACGUUUGCCUCCCAAAUUACAUUAGUUGAUGAUAAGCUGGAAGUCGUGAGGGAAGUCGAUGGCGGACUGGAGACGAUACGAGUGAACAUGCCAGCUGUGGUCACUGCUGAUCUUAGACUAAAUGAACCUCGUUAUGCAACACUCCCCAACAUAAUGAAAGCAAAGAAAAAACCAAUGCAGAAGUUGACAGCUUCUGAUCUCGGAGUUGAUGUGUCUCCACAUUAUGAAGUAUUAUCAGUAGAGGAUCCUCCUCAACGAGAAGCUGGAACGAAAGUCGAUUCUGUCGACGAUCUUGUUGCCAAACUGAAAGAGAAGGGUGUAUUGUAGUGUGUAGACUACGUACUCACACUGAUAGUAUGUACAGUACGUACACGACAAGAAUGCAACAGAAAUGUUGCUGUUAGGUACACCUUGUGACAUAGAAUUCAAUGUCUGCCUGAAGAACAAGUUUACUUAAUUACUUCUUGCUUAUUUGUUCCCAAGCUUGUCUGUUUGUCUGUCU